UUCCAGAUGGUUUAUUUUCUUCUCACCUGAGCCACGGUGUUUGGCGAGCGGCACAAAGUGAUCAAUGGCAGACCUCACAGUUCCCGAGAUCACCAUUGAUCCUCCCCUGGCUCAUGGCAGAUUCACGAUUAGCACGCUAAUUAGCGCAGAAGACAGCGCAAAAUACCAGUACGCGCAGAGCGACUCUGGCACUUACGAGAUGAGCAAUCCGGACAGCCCGACCCACACCAACACCUUCAGCAUGAGGACCUUCGGCUACAACACCAUGGACGCGGUGCCCAAGUACGACUACUACACGAACACACAGGGUCCGGGCCAGAGCCGCACGCAUCGACCCUCCCUGGCGCAGCUGCACACCUUCAGACAGGAUGAAGUUCUGCCACCCGUUUAUGAAAGCACAGACAGUGCUGACGGAGAGGCAAAGAAAGACGGAGAAGAUGAACAAAGUGAAGAAAAGCCUUUAGGUGAACCAGUCAGAUUUGGAUGGAUCAAAGGUGUUAUGAUUCGAUGUAUGCUCAAUAUCUGGGGAGUCAUUUUGUACUUACGAUUGCCGUGGAUUACUGCUCAAGCUGGCAUUGCCCUGACAUGGUUGAUUGUCUUCAUGUCUGUAACAGUUACAAGCAUAACGGGUUUGUCAAUUUCCGCGAUAUCCACAAAUGGAAAAGUCAAAUCAGGAGGUACAUAUUUCCUUAUCUCUCGAAGUUUGGGGCCUGAGCUUGGAGGAUCUAUUGGAUUAAUUUUUGCAUUUGCAAAUGCAGUGGCUGUGGCCAUGCACACAGUGGGCUUUGCAGAAACUGUCCGGGAUCUUUUGAAGGAAUACGACUCAACUAUUGUAGAUCCAACAAAUGACAUCCGAAUUGUUGGUGUCAUUACUGUAACCUGUCUACUUGGCAUUUCACUUGCUGGGAUGGAAUGGGAGGCAAAGGCCCAGGUUCUUUUCUUUAUUGUGAUCAUGGUGUCUUUCGCCAACUACAUAGUAGGAACUAUCAUACCAGCCUCCCCAGAGAAGCAAGCUAAAGGCUUUUUCAGCUAUAGAGCUGACAUAUUUGCUGAAAACUUUGUGCCAAAAUGGAGAGGACCAGAUGGUAGCUUCUUCGGCAUGUUCUCUAUCUUUUUCCCAUCUGCAACGGGUAUCUUAGCAGGGGCCAACAUCUCAGGCGAUUUGAAGGACCCUACAGUAGCAAUUCCAAAAGGAACUAUGAUGGCUAUAUUCUGGACAACAGUGUCCUACCUGGCGAUUUCUGCUACAAUUGGAUCUUGUGUUAUUCGUGAUGCGUCAGGAAACCUAAAUGAUACUCUAUUGGCACCCUCAACGGAUUGCGUGGGACUAGGAUGCGAUUAUGGGUGGAACUUUACUGAUUGUGCUAAGGAAGAAAAUUGCCAGUAUGGACUUAUCAACUACUAUCAGUCUAUGAGCAUGGUAUCAGGUUUUGCACCCCUGAUCACUGCUGGCAUCUUUGGGGCAACCCUUUCAUCUGCCUUGGCUUGUCUUGUUUCAGCGCCUAAAGUCUUCCAGUGCCUUUGCAAGGACAACCUUUACCCUUUAAUUGGAUUCUUUGGGAAAGGUUAUGGAAGAAAUGAUGAGCCAAUCAGGGGCUAUCUGCUCACCUACUUCAUUGCCGUAGGCUUUAUUCUCAUUGCUGAACUGAACACAAUUGCACCCAUCAUCUCCAAUUUCUUCUUGUGCUCAUAUGCUCUUAUCAACUUUAGCUGCUUCCAUGCAUCCAUCACAAAUUCCCCAGGAUGGCGGCCAUCAUUUAAAUAUUACAGCAAGUGGGCUUCUCUGUUUGGAGCCAUUGUCUCAGUUAUCAUCAUGUUCCUAUUGACCUGGUGGGCUGCCCUAAUUGCAAUUGGUAUUGUCAUCUUCCUUCUGUGCUAUGUACUGUACAAGAAACCAGAGGUGAACUGGGGUUCUUCAGUUCAAGCAGGCUCAUACAAUAUGGCACUUUCCUAUUCUGUUGGAUUAAAUGAAGUGGAUGAACACAUCAAAAAUUAUAGGCCACAAUGUUUGGUACUCACUGGACCCCCUAACUUCCGGCCUGCUGUGGUGGACUUUGUUGGAACAUUUACAAAACACUUGAGCCUGAUGAUUUGUGGCAAUGUUAUCAUUGGCUCACGGAAUGAGAAACUGCAUGAACUGAAUAGUGGAGGUGGUCAUAUCAAGUGGCUGAACAAAAGAAAAAUAAAGGCUUUCUAUAAUAGCGUGGUGGCUGAAGACCUGCGCACUGGAGUCCAGAUGCUUAUGCAGGCUUCGGGUCUUGGCAAAAUCAAGCCAAAUGUUCUGGUGAUGGGAUUUAAAAAAAACUGGCAAACAGCUCACCCAAAUAACAUUGAAAGCUACAUUGGUGUUAUCCAUGAUGCAUUUGACUUCAAUUACGGCAUUUGCGUAAUGCGAAUGAAGGAAGGGUUGGACAUAUCAAGAACGAUGCAAGCACAUAUCAAUCCUGUGUUUGAAGCAAACGGUGAUAACCGUGUGAAUGGAAGCUCAUCUUCAGCUGCUGUGAAUGGGACUGUUACACUGGAUCCAGAUUCUCUGAUUGCUGAACAGCAGGCCAGCACAGUAUUUCAGUCUGAACAAGGCAAAAAAACAAUAGACAUUUAUUGGCUGUUUGAUGAUGGAGGCUUGACUCUCCUUAUUCCAUACUUGCUGACAAGAAGAAAGCGCUGGGAGAAGUGCAAAGUUCGAGUAUUUGUGGGAGGCCAGAUCAACAGAAUGGAUGAAGAAAGAAAAGCGUUAAUAGCACUUCUAAGUAAGUUUCGACUGGGCUUUCAUGAUGUCCAAGUGCUUCCAGACAUAAACCAGAAGCCACGACCUGAACAUGUGAAGAGAUUUGAGGAUCUGCUUGGUCCAUAUAGACUAAACGAUGGCUUCAAAGAUGAAGCAACUAUCAGCGAAAUGAAAAAAGAAUUUCCCUGGAAGAUUUCUGAUGAAGAAGUCCAGAAAAACAAAGCCAAGUCACUUCGGCAAAUAAGACUAAAUGAGAUCUUGCUGGAUUACUCUCGGGAUGCGGCCGUUAUUGCAAUAACCAUGCCCAUUGGUAGAAGAGGAAAAUGCCCAAGUACUUUAUAUAUGGCAUGGCUUGAGACUCUAUCCCAAGAUCUCAGACCACCAAUUCUCCUAAUCCGAGGAAACCAGGAGAAUGUUCUAACUUUCUACUGUCAAUAGAAACCAUUAAAGAAUUUCAACUUUAAGCUUCAAACGAAAAACAGUACAACUUUGUCUCGAAGGAGGCCUCAUGGGAGCUGCAAAAUCUUGACAUGGGACAGUCAAAGAACUGAAGCUGGAAUAAGGUUACUAAAGAGAAAUGUGUUUCCUCUUGAGAAUAAGAACAAACUUUCUUAACUGCAAAUACUAUAUAACCCAAAGAUUUACAGUAAGUGUAAUAACCUCAGAAGAUAAUCUCAAAGGGCAGUUAUAUUCCCAUUGCUAAGCAUUAAAUAAAUCAUUGUGGCAUAUUUCUGAUUAUAUGAUUUGCAGAAAAAUUACACUGCAUUAUAUACUGCACAUAUUGCAUUUUAAAGCACAUGAACCUCUGGGAACAGUUAAUUAUUUUGGUAGGUUGCUCCCUGGCAUGUUAUUAACUAUGGGUGAGGCACUGGAUACCGUGCAGCAUGCCAUAUGUAGAGGCUAAGGGUGGGAUUCAAAUGCACUUAUAUAAAAGGGAUUAGGAAUUCUUUUUGAAUGAAUUAAAAAAAAUAAAUAAAUCUUUGGAUCUAUGUCUGAAUUGAAGAGAUACUGCUCUCCAAAAUUUUCCUAAAUUCAACUGUCAAACCCAAAUCCGAUUUACGGGCUCAGGUAAUUUUUGUUAUGAAAGUGCGACACUUCAAUAGAUUUUCAGUCAGAGUUAUUGUACAGAAUGUACAGAUGUGCAAUGCUCUGGAUUCAACCUGAAUUAUUUUUUUAAAGGUGUGCCACACGCAGUACAUUGAUAUUUAGAGAAAGAAGAAGGAUCUUCAUGUUUCAGUACAAUGCUUUAAAUUCAAAAACUGCUUCAAACUGGUAAGGGUUCAGUAUAAUAGGGAUAUAAAAGUGACUGUGAAAGUCGCAACUUCAACCGCUCCAGGAGCUACAUGCUUGCAAAUUAACACCUUGAUUAUUUAGAUUCCUUGGUCUUUCAAUUUAAAAAAAAAAUCCUAGGUGUAUAAGUUCUGAAGUUCUUGGAAAUCAUGUUUCCCAACCUUUUGACACCACAAACAUAUUUCUUUCUAACUUCUUUCUGAAAGUCCCACACAAUUAGUAUUGUUAAUGUAAUAAAUGAAACCACCUAAUGGUAACUCGGUUCAGUUUGCUUGUCAUCUCUCCAUUAGCUUAAACCUCUGUAUAGUUUUAUGGAUGCAGUCAAGUUGAACUCGUAUGGAAUGCCACCUUUAUAAAUACUAAUAUAAAAUGUAUCUCUGUAGCACAACUUGUAUUUUUUUAAAUCUUUUUUUAUCUUAACUUUGCAAUCAAUACUCUACUUUUUUUACUACAUUUGUUGGCACAAUGAUGCAACUUAAAAGCUGAAUUAGUGACUUAAAUAAACUAUAGACAUAUAUCUACAGGGAGAAACAUUUUAGCACAUUAAUUUUAUGAUUUUGCAUUGUACCUUUUGUAUAGAAAAACAACUUGCAAAAACAUUUUACCCUUUUUAUUAAGCCUUGAUAUUUUUGAGUCUGCUUUUCAGACAUGUACCUGGAAAAUAACAGCCAAUUCAAAGUGUUAAUCUGAUUUACUGUCUAAAAUGACAACAUUCAAUUCAUACCACACCUCAACUAAUUAAAAUUCUAAAUGUAUAAUUUUUGGAUUUUCAAAUUAGUUAAAUGAAGAGGUUAAGAAGAAAUUAAUUUACAAGUUCAAAUGUCUGUUUAUCCCUAUAGUAACAAGAAGAAGGGCUCUCAAAUGUUUAAAGUCAGAUAAGUCAUACACCCACUCAGGGGAAUGAAUCCUAUAAAUUGGUAUUUUUCAUAGUUCUUGGUGCCUAAACAUGAUUUUUAUACAAUACACCGACACACACAAACACACACACACACACACAUAUAUAUAUAUAUGUAUGUAUGUAUGACAUGUAUCCAUAUACAUUAUUUUUCAAAAUGUGAUCCUUUUUUUAAGGUAGUACUUAAAAUGAAAUGACAAAAACAGGCAAUAAAGGUGUUUGUAAAUAUGUCUAGUUAGUGCAGUCAAUACCUUGCGAUAUAUACAGUAUAUAGCAUAACUGACAAUACUCAUGUUAUUUUUCUUGCUGGGCUCUUUUUCACACUUCGCAGCUAGCCUAUUUUAGUCAAAAUGAAAGGGAGUAACAAUUGCACAAUAACAGACUGAUCUAGCAUACAUAUAUCUUAAGGACCACUUUUUCCUUAAUGGACUAAUGUUUUGAUAAUAAAAAUAAAAGUGUCACUUCAGGGAUGAUCCUCUUCACUACAAUAUUUUUAAUAUUUCAAAUAUUUAACAAGGGAAAGAUCCACUUGAUCCUAAGCAGACUGAAUUUAUAUGUUAUCCAUUUUAUUGCAAUCCGCCCAUAGGACCCUCCUGUAAUCAAUGUGCCGCUGCUUAAUGUUUAUAGUGCUUACUGUAUUUGUUAUAUGACCUAUACCUUAUUUCAACAAUUUAUCCCAUAUUUAUAUGGCAGUCAAAUCAUGAUUUGUGCUUUUGACAACACGUUCAUUUUGUUCAUGCUAGGAAUUAUAUAUAAGUAAAAUUAAGAGAAAGAAAUAGAGAUAUGGAAAUCAUGGUGCUUCUAUGAAAUAAAUUUGUUAUGGGAAUUAUGUAAAGGAUGUUUUUCUAAAGCUUUGAUGCAGUACAGACCAAUAGAGAUUCAACAUUAAUUCCAAAUAUUUAAAGCAACAGGGUAAUCAUUUGCUUAAUUUGUGACAUUCACCUAUGCAUCUGUCCAUCAUCUAAUAAUCAUAAUCCAUUUCAAGAUUAUGGGAGUUAUAAAUAUCACAUAAACAUGACAGUGAAUGUGUGGUGCAGGCUUGCAACAAUUAAUAAGACAACCUGUUGGGUGAAUCAAUAUGAAAGGUUAUAUUCAGCCAUAUAUAUUUAUUUGACCUGUUAUAUUUAUCACAGCACAUUCAAAGAAAUAAUGGAAAAAAUGACAUUGUUUUAGAUAGAUGGAUGUGUACAGUAUUUCCUAAUACAGUAUUUUCCUAAUAUACAAGACACUACUUAACUAAACUUGACACAGCUGUAACUGAAUUGAGAUUACUAGGGCAUUCUGUAUUCACUGAAGUUAAAAAAUUGGUCUACAUAGUAUGAAGACAGGGAAUGGAAGUUUUCGUUUUAAUCAUAAGAUGAAAGCAGAGAACACUUGAGUAUUUAAAGUAAAACAAAGUGUUUCAGGCACAGAAAGAAGUUUCAGUGUGUUAAAAUAUUAAGACAGUACUAAUUAUAAGAAACACUCUCACACUAGGCAUACAUGAGAAUUUUAUGUUAAUUAUAAUGCCAAGAUAUUGUACAUGUUCUACUGUAAGUGAAAUAAUUGUUUCAGAAAGGAUAUUGAAAAUGUUCUCAAGGAAUCUUAUACUGAAACUAAAGUUUUUUUUGUAAUGCUAUUAAGUGUCUGUUCGUAAGGCUUUAUCAAAUUAUUUAAAAAUAAUUUAUAUAUUUGUGUUGGUAACAUAUGCCUUUCUGUUAUUAAAACCUGUUUUAUUCUUA